UUUAAUCCACUAUCCCUCUUCUUAUUUUUUCCUCAUUCUAAAAUGUUAAUCAACUUAAAUAUUCGUUUACAACUCUUGGUGGGAAAUUUACGCGCCUAAUCUACCCAGCUAGUACAGGAUGUAUGAAUCACGUGAUUUAUUUCGUCCAAUGAAACUUUAGUGGAGCGAUCGAGAAAGGGGAGAGGGAAUGAAGUGGCUCUGUAAUUGGAGCAAUCUUUAAGCCGUUACUGAUGAGAAGGUACUGUCUGUUGCACCGGGUGCACCCAUUGUUCUUGUCCUCCGUAUUUGUCGUGUAACAAACGGAUUUUAUGUUAACUGAGUAUUCGACAUGAGGCAAAAGUCAUCAAAGGUUGAUGCUCGGUCAUCAUCAAAGAGUUCCAUUUGUCAGCCAUCCGGAGAUGUUGAGCCAAAGACUGACAUGUCAACUUGGCCUUUCAAUGUUGAGAGAAUACGCCACGUGCCGCCAUCUGAGGUCAGAGUUUUCUUGAUGAGCCACUUUGAGUGGGUCCCUCUCAAUCUGGACCUGGACGAAGUAUCCUACAACGAUCUUCACGGUAAGGGCUGUUUCGGGGCGGUGACCCAAGGGCGUAGAAUUUUGGGUAGAAUAAUCCCAUUGGCUCCAAGAGUCAUCGAAUAUCCUACAAUUCCAAAAGAAAUAAUGGGUUCUGGAGGAAGAGACCAGAAAGAUAAGGAAGGACAGCUGCAGAAUUCUGAGGAGACAAAAGUAUCAGAAGCAUCACCAACAAUAACGUCACCAGGAGAUCCACCGGCUGGAGCUCCAAGUCCUAAGGAAUCAAUAGCAGAAACUACAUCAGAGGAGAAACCAGCACAAGAAACACCAGACGAUCAUCCCCCAGCUAUUUUACUAGACGACUCUUUGAAAGCCACACCAGCAACUGCAACAGCAGUAACUUUGCUGGAAACUAGAUCAAACGAUCAAGCCAUGGGUCCUGCACCAGGAGCUUUACCAGAAGAGGGCUCAAUUGAAGCUACCGUAGGCCCUGCAGUACCAGAAACUCUGGAAGAAGUUCCACCAGCAGCAACUUCACCAGAAGCUAUAGUGCGAGAAACUCUCCCAGAAGCUGAAGUAUCGACUCCCCUGAAAAUAUCAGCAGCUGCUGCUGCGUCAGUGACUGCUGCUGAUGGAAUCAGCCAUGCGAGGAAGAGAACUGCAGCUACUCCAAGUGGACGAGCCUCAAGGUACUCCAAACGUCUCAAACACUCCGAGAUUGCGACGGAGGACUCUGAGGAGAGCUCUUCUGAACAAGUACUAAUGACUCCCAAAACAAAAGGCUCGAGAACACGCCCACGCAAAACGCCAAGGAGGAAUAAUUCUCGAACCGAUGGAGUUCAGGGGAAGAACGAAACUGCUGCUGCAGGCAAGAUUGACAUGUCUCUCUUAGAGAGUCUUACUGAAGACCAACAGUUGCAGUUGAACGAGAUGUUGAAGAUGUGGAAUAAUCCGAAGAACGUUGAGGGUAACGAAGAUGGACACUAG